AUGUGCGCUCGCUCGCCCGCGCAGACUGAUCAAGCUAUUGAAAUAUGGCGAUAUCGAAAGCUUCUCACCAUGUUGGCUACGUCAAGAGGAGCAGGUACAUCAUGUAUCACUCUGAUCUUGCCACCAAGAUCUCAAAUCUCGCAGGCCAGCAACUUGUUGACGACUGAGUACGGUACCGCUUCAAAUAUCAAGUCUCGAGUCAACAGACUUUCAGUCCUCUCUGCCAUCACUUCCACGCAACAGAAACUCAAGCUCUACAAUCGAGUUCCCGAGACUGGUCUGUGUCUGUUCGUCGGUACCAUUUUGAACGAGGAGGGCAAGGAGAAGAAGAUCGCAUUCGACUUGACCCCUUUCAAACCCAUCAAUACGUCGCUUUACAUGUGUGAUAGCAGAUUCCACGUUGAAGCUCUCGAAGAACUGCUCGAGACAGAUUCCAAGUGGGGUUUCAUCAUCAUUGACGGAAACGGAUCUCUAUUUGGCACACUGUCCGGAAACACACGUGAAGUUGUUCACAAAUUCAGUGUCGACCUGCCGAAAAAGCACGGAAGAGGAGGUCAAUCUGCUCUUCGUUUCUCUCGAUUGAGAGAAGAAGCUCGACGGAAUUAUGUCCGUAAAGUCGCCGAACUGGCCGUCCAACACUUUAUCACAGCCGACAAGGUCAAUGUCGCGGGUCUGGUUCUGGCCGGAAGUGCCGAACUCAAGACGGAUCUGAGCGGUAGUGAUCUCUUUGACCCACGAUUAUUGGCCAAAGUUGUCAAGGUUGUGGAUGUUUCGUAUGGUGGGGAGAACGGAUUUAACCAGGCUAUCGAGCUUGCGGCCGACUCUCUGGCCAACGUCAAGUUCGUACAGGAGAAACGAUUGAUCCAAAAGUACUUUGACGAGAUUGCGUUGGAUACCGGCAAAUACUGCUUCGGUAUCGUUGACACGCUCAAGGCUUUGGAUAUGGGAGCUGUGGAGACUCUGAUUGUUUGGGAGAAUCUCGAGACUGUUCGAAAUACUUUGCGAAAUGCCGCUGGAGAGGAGAUAAUUGUCUUUUCGAAUCCCGGAGAGAAAGACCGAGAGAAGUUCAUGGACAAAUCAACUGGCCUUGAGAUGGAGCAAGCUGCGGAACCUCAGCCUCUAUUGGAAUGGUUCGCUGAAAACUACAAAGAGUUUGGUGCGACUCUGGAAUUCGUGACAAACAAAUCACAAGAAGGGAGUCAAUUUGUCAAGGGAUUCGGUGGAAUCGGAGGUAUUCUUCGAUAUAAAGUCGCUUUCGAAGAUUUGGGAGAUUUAGAAGGAGACGACGAUGAAUUCUACGGGUCUGAAGACGACAGUGGUGAGUGA